GCUCGUGGGAACCACAUCCCGCGUACGCUCGGCCCUUUCAUUUCCGAUUCCCGUCUGGCGAAAUGCUGUUGGCGGAUAUACUCAUUCAUCUGCUGAUUCCCGCAAGACGGUAAGCAGAAAAGUAAAAAAGGCAUGCAGCUGACUUGAUUUUCUCCAACAAAAUUUUACUUCUUCUUCAAAUUUUCAAGAAUUUUUCCGGGUGAGGAGAAAAGGAACGGCAGUGAUCUACGGAGUAGGUUCAUGGCUGUGUCGACGGCGACGGUGUCGUUUCUGAACGGAGAGAGAGCCGUGGUCGUCCUGGUAGUCGCUCGCAUCCUGUUCUCUCUCCCAUCCUCUCUCCUCUUCCAUGGCGUCUCCCUUUCGCUACUUUUACUCGCCGCACUCUUCCUAGAGAUUCGUGCCGAAAUUUCGUCAUCACUUCCAACUGUCUUCAACGCCAGGCCAGGUGCAUCGUCGGGUAUAUUACUAGGGGCGGUGGCGCUGCCGGCUGUCAUGCUCUCAAAACUGAUACUGUUGAGAAGAGCAUAUUUACUUCACGAAAUUGAACCUGAAGAGCUUGAACAUAUAACAAUGCAAUACUGGGCUACAUCAGCUAGCUGCUGUGGCGUACUCAUAUUUCUCUGGAUCAUUUUGUGGCGUGAAUCCAGGAAUGUGCACCCUUCUUCAUCACGUGGCAUAUGGGAGCCAAAAUUUAGCUUAAGCUGCAUACUUUUAUAUGCAGCAUUGUGCCUUGUGUCCCUUGCUACAAUAUCUCAUACUGGCCUUAAUGCCGCAUUAAAGUGGUUGUGGAUACUCUUUCAUGGCUUCGCAUCUGUGAAAUUGAUUCAACAUCUUCUCUGCACCUUCCCAUAUUGUGCUUCUAUUGGUCUGUCUUCUUUUAAUUUUUUUCCCUUUAAGGAUGAGGCAAAAGAUAAAGAACAGCCAACCUCUGCCGAUUAUAUCCCAGUUCAGCCCUUCUUGUAUAAAUAUGAUGUGAGAAGUGAGAUAAGCAUAAUUAUUCAGGGAGUGCUGCUUGGCCUUCUUCUUGUCCCGCUGGUAUUUAAAUUUGUCCUCCAUGUAUACAGACGUUCUUUCGGGAAGAGCUGCUCAGAGAGGGGGACUGACAAUGAGAUUGUGAAAUCGCUUAUAUUCUUUUCUUCCCUUGGAUUUAUCUUGCUCACAAUUGUUCCUUCCUGGAUGCAAUUUGUUCAAGAUUUUAAUCAGCAUCCAUUACUAUGGGUUAUUACAUUUGUUUUCUCAGAGCCGUUUAAGAGAUUAUCUUUAUGUGUCUAUUGGGUAUGCUUGAUAUAUGCAUCUGUCUUGCGGUUUUACAACAUUUCAAGGAAGAGUAAGAUGGAGAGGAUUCUUCUUCGAAAAUAUUACCAUCUGAUGGCUGUGUUGAUGUUUCUACCGGCGCUUAUCUUCCAGCCAAAAUUUCUUGAUCUAGCAUUUGGUGCAGCUUUGGCAGUUUUUUUGGUACUAGAAAUUAUUCGAGUCUGGAGAAUUUGGCCCCUGGGGGAAAUUAUACAUCAAUUUAUGAAUGCUUUCACUGACCCACGUGACUCAUGUCUCAUGUUAGGUAUCCACUUUUCACUAUUACUGGGAUGUGCACUCCCUAUUUGGAUGUCUUUUGGGUUCAAUGAUCGACCACUUUCCCCUUUUGCUGGAGUUUUGAGCCUUGGUAUUGGAGAUACUAUGGCAUCAAUGGUCGGCCACAAGUAUGGUGUCCUUAGGUGGAGCAAAACUGGAAAGAAAACUGUGGAAGGAACUGCUGCUGGUAUAACAUCUGUUCUGGCUGCAUGCUCUCUUCUGCUUCCACUUUUGGCUUCAACUGGAUAUAUUCUUACGCAGGAUUGGCUCUCUCUUCUUCUGGCCGUUACUGCAAGUGGAAUGUUAGAGGCCUACACAGCUCAACUUGAUAAUGCUUUCAUACCACUUGUCUUCUAUAGUCUUCUAGUCCUGUAGAUGUAGCUCCAAUGUCCCAACAACAAAUACACAAAGGGGCAAUAACAAAAUCCUCAGGUCCUCAGGAUGUUUCUAUGGUUAUCAUGGUAUACUUCACAUUCAGUUUUUUUUGUUUUUUCUUUUUGUAGUUUACUAGGGAUGUGAAGAGCCUCUUGUAUGUUAUGGGCUAUAGAUCAGCUUAGUUUUGAAUUUCGUAUAGAUCUGCGGGAAUUAGGUUUAUCAAAGCAGUAAGAAUGGGGCAGGUUAUAUAUACGUUAGCAAAAGCAUGCGUGCUGUACGGCUAGGUUAUCUAGACAUUUAACAUUGUAUUAUGGGUUAGUUAAAGGACCUACAUAUUCUCAUGUGUAUUAAUGUAUGAUUAAGUUCAACUAUCCUUGAAUAAA